GAAGCCAUCAUGGACGGGACGGAGAUCGCGGUGUCCCCACGCAGCCUCCACAGCGAGCUGAUGUGUCCCAUCUGCCUGGACAUGCUGAAGAACACCAUGACCACCAAAGAGUGUCUCCACCGCUUCUGCUCCGACUGCAUUGUCACUGCCCUCCGCAGCGGGAACAAGGAAUGUCCAACUUGUCGGAAAAAAUUGGUUUCCAAGAGGUCCCUCCGCCCCGAUCCCAAUUUUGACGCUUUGAUCUCCAAGAUCUACCCAAGUCGCGACGAGUACGAGGCCCACCAGGACCGCGUCCUGGCCAAGCUCAGCCGGCUCCACAACCAGCAGGCCCUCAGCAGCAGCAUCGAGGAGGGGCUGAAGAUGCAGGCCAUGCACAGAGCCCAACGC